AUGCUGCUGCGCGAUCUCCCAGAGCGCACGACCUUUUAUGAUCCAGUUGCAGAGCUCCAGAUGACCCAAACGGAUGCAAAACUAUUCUAUCAGAGAAGCAAGAUUGAUACGCGGAGUGGAAAUUCUCCAUGGCCGCAGUCAACUCCCUUUGGAAGUCCACAAAUUCCUUCAGGCUCAUACCCGGCCACCGAGUACGGGCUCGAUUCCCUAGUCCUCGACACCGAUGGCCCGUCUAAUGUGUCGUAUACUAAGCCCAGUGACCCCACCAGUCAGGCCUUCAACGACGCAAGACUUGCCAAUGAGCCUUCUGUUGGCUUGCCGGGGAAUGGUCUAUUUGAUACUGAGCCUCACAUAACAGCUGAGCUCAGUGCUAUUGCCAAGCAAAUACAUGGAAUACUUGACGUGAGACGCAAGUAUAUCGCUCUUUCGGCUCAAGGACCAAAUGACAAUCCUAGAGAUGACCCUAGCUGGGACAUAUAUCCGCCUCCUCCCGAUCCUGCAUGGAUUCAAAGUCAUGGCCAUGGUCAUGGCCAUGGCACUGAAGGCUCUUCUGCCAAUGCUCAGGAACGAAAAAGGCCAACUCGGAAGAGAAAGCCCGGUCAAGAUGUUGGAGAUGACUUCUGCUUGGAAGAUUUGCUACCCUUGCCAGAAAGUGGCGGCAUGACUUUUGAGCUCGACAGUGAAGGCAUUUAUCAGGUUUUUGACAAUUCGACCAGCAAAGCCCCUGCUAUAAGAGUACCUACUAUCAGAGAAUUCUACAUGGACUUGGAAGAAAUUCUCGCAGUUUCGUCUGAUGGUCCAAGCAAAAGCUUUGCUUUCCGGCGGCUUCAGUAUCUGGAAGGAAAAUUCAAUCUCUAUGUUCUCCUUAAUGAAUACCAAGAGACUGCGGACAGCAAAAAGGUACCACAUCGAGACUUCUACAAUGUCAGAAAGGUGGAUACGCACGUUCACCACUCUGCUUGUAUGAACCAGAAGCAUCUCUUGCGAUUUAUCAAGAGUAAAAUGAAGAAAUACCCAAACGAAGUUGUGCUCUUCAGAGAUGGAAAGCAUCUCACUUUGGCAGAGGUAUUUGCCAGUAUCAACCUAACAGCGUAUGAUUUGAGUAUAGACACGCUUGACAUGCAUGCGCAUACCGACUCGUUUCAUCGUUUUGAUAAAUUCAAUCUCAAAUACAACCCUAUCGGCGAGUCGCGCCUCAGGACAAUAUUUCUUAAGACGGACAAUUUCAUCCAUGGACGCUACUUGGCUGAGAUUACCAAAGAAGUCAUCUCUGACCUGGAGUCCAGCAAAUAUCAGAUGGUGGAGUGGCGCAUAUCCAUCUACGGCAAGUCUAUAGACGAAUGGGAUAAGCUCGCGGCAUGGGUCGUGGAUAACAAGCUCUUUUCCCACAAUGUUCGCUGGCUGGUCCAGAUCCCUCGCCUCUACGACAUCUACAAGGCCAGCGGUUUAAUGGAUACGUUUGAGCAAGUCAUCAAAAAUGUGUUUCAACCUCUGUUCGAAGUCACAAGAGAUCCAGCUUCUCAUCCCAAGCUACACAUAUUUCUUCAGCGAGUCAUUGGCUUCGACAGCGUGGACGACGAAAGCAAAACCGAAAGACGGCUCUUCAGGAAGUUUCCGGUUCCCAGAGCCUGGGAUACGAAGCAGAACCCUCCGUAUAGCUACUGGAUCUACUUCUUGUUUGCUAAUAUGACCUCUUUGAAUCACUUCCGAAAGAGUCGCGGUUACAAUACGUUCGUCUUGCGACCUCAUUGCGGAGAGGCGGGCGAUAGCGAGCACUUGGCUGUGGCGGCACUGUGCUGCCACAGUAUUAGUCACGGGUUGUUGCUGCGGAAAGUUCCCCUGCUACAAUAUAUCUUCUAUUUGGAUCAAAUUGGUAUCGCAAUGUCGCCGCUGAGUAAUAACGCCUUGUUCUUGGCCUACGAACGAAACCCUUUCCACCAGUAUUUCAGACGGGGCCUAAAUGUCUCGUUAUCCACGGAUGAUCCGCUGCAAUUUGCGUUUACCAAGGAGCCUUUGAUAGAGGAAUAUGCCGUGGCUGCGCAGAUUUACAAGUUGAGCCCCGUCGAUAUGUGCGAGUUGGCAAAGAAUUCGGUGAAGCAGAGCGGUUAUGAGAAGGCCAUCAAGCAGCAGUGGCUGGGUCAAGAUUUUGAAAAGCCUGGCAAAGAGGGAAACAAGAUGGUAAAGACAAACGUGCCCGAUCGCAGAGAAGAGUUCCGAUACCAUACGCUCGUGCAGGAAAGAGACGUUUUGACCCGGUAUCUCGCAUUCAAUGAAAUGGUAUCAAACAGCAUGGCAGCAAGCGUUCAGGGACUAGAGGCUCAGGAAAACAAGAAGCCUACUUCUUCAGUGGCGCAUUCAGUGGCCGAGCAUAUGGAUGCAAUCCCAGAAAAUGCGCCAUCUAUCGAGGCUCAUACCGGGGAGCCACUUCUGCCUGAUAGCCACGUAUCUGGGAACGAUCCCAUGAUGUUUCCCGGAAUCCUUGCCAGAGAGCACCGUAAUAACAGUUCAAGAAACUUGGCUCAAAGUGGAUAGCUAGACUUAAUCGCGUUUCAAGCAUUCAAGCAUAGGAUAGAUUAAUGAAGCCAUAAAAGAAUAGCAAAAAGGCUACC